AUGGCGGCGAGUAGCGGCGGAGAGGAGCCGCCGCCUCGAAUAGCCAAAGAUUUCGACAAUUCCGACAGUAUGCAGCUCCUCCGACAGGUUGGUUACCUUGAUCGUCAGUAAAUGAUCAUUUUGAAAGACGAGAUCAUUAACAAUAUAUUAUUAAUACAAUUUUUUUUUUGUAUUAAUACAAUUUUUUUCAGGUAGGCUAUAGUGUUUACAGAAUGCUCUCAAAGCAAAUAUUCCAGAAUUGAGUAAAAAAUUAUCUUCAACGCCUCAUAGUUUUGAAGGAAGUGGUGUAAGAAAUUUUAUAAUAAUCUCUGUGGAUGACCAGGCAGGUGUAGUUGUCGCAAGAGUACUCUUGAAAAUCAAGAAUUUUUUUUUUCUCAUGCACACGAUAUUUCUUCAAUCGUAUAGAUAAUUUAUUUUUCAAAUUGUAUUUUUAAUUUUAUUCAGUUCAUUCUUAGGAAAAACAAAAAAGAUACUUCUAGCAUGAUGAGAUAUAUAGUAGAAUUCGACAAUAAAUUCAAACUUCAAGGCGGUUCUAUUCGAAAAUGUGGAAUUGGUAGCGGAUUUGCUGAAGGAGAAUCCCUGGGCAUGGGACAAAGUUGAUCGACACGGAAGGUGAGUUUUCUUCUUUUACGUUCAAAAAUAUUUUGAUGACCGGGGCGAAUCACAUCCAAGUAUUCUCUCUAGGGCUGUUAAAUCUUCCUGAGUGACUUCUGCAACCGAAUCGACUGUCUUUCCUUAAAGUUCUCAAAAUGGCGCUGUACUCGGCGAUAGUUCCUUACCAAUAAUCGUUUUUGAUGUUCUCAAUUCGAUUUUAUUUGGAUUUCAGGACUCUUUUAAUGCUUGCUGCCCACAACGGCAGGACCAACAGUCUCCGCGCUCUUCUCAUGUGCUGCCCAGGUGACUUUUUUUUUUCCGCUCAACUAGCAAUUUCGUUCAAAUAUUUUAAUAAGCCCGAGUGAAAAUUUUCCCGAUUUAGUAUUUUUUUCAAAAGUUUUCUUUUUUUUUAUGAGAUUAAUAAUAGAUGCGUUUGCAUUUUGCUUUGUUGCUCAUUUACAAAUUUUCGCUAUGGUUUUAUCAGCUUUCAGAUUUUCUUAUAUCACUGUUUCAAAACUAUUGUUAAUUCAUUUCAUCUCAAGUGUUUAUUCGCCAUUCCGCAAUCUGAACGACAAAUACAAAAAAAUAAUACAUCAAAACAAUCUAACAGCUGAUCUGUGGAAACGGCUGGAGGAAAAGAUUGUGAAUUCUUAGGAAGUAAUUUUGAAUUCAAUCAUUUUAUUUGAUAUCAACGUGAGGCCGAGUCACAAUUCUUCCAAAAAAAAAAUUCCGUCAAUUUGUAGCAAAGAACUCGUUUAAAAAUCCAUUUUUUUGAAAUUACCAAGUCCGAAAGAAAUGACUUGUUACCGAUUUGGUUGAAAAUAUGCUGCUGCUCUACAGAAUGAUUUUUUUUUUUAAUGUUUCAGUAAUUUUUCCAUGUACUAUCAUCUCUGGACUGUUGCGCCUUAGAGCGCGCCCUUUCUCUGCCGCGUGCUAUUUCUUCACUCUCUGACUGCGAGAAAACGAAGAAACAGUAGGCGGUAGAGAAAAAUUAGGGCGCUCCUUAAGGCGCACCGGUACAGAGAUUUUUUGCUGCAUACAAAUUGCUCCGUUGGCAGAUUCUCUGGAGCUCAGCAAUUUGCGUGGCAAGACGGCGCUGCACAUGGCCGCCGAGGCCGGAGAGCUGGCGGCGGCUCGCGAACUUCUCGAGUCCGGUGAGCUCCAGGGAAACGAAAUAUUCCACUCGAGACCCGUUUCAGGCGCCGACGCGAUGCGGCUGGACGUCGACGGCCACUGUCCGCUGGAAAUCGCCCAGAUGGCCGGACACGAAAACGUCGCCGCCGCCCUUAUCGACGCCAUUCGUAAGAUAUUCUUCAAUAAAAUAAAGGGUCGAGUUCUUAGAGCAAAUAACGAACUCUUUACAUUGAGUAUAUUUUUUGUUGACUACAUUUAACUAUUUUAAAUUUUUUGAGAAUCAAGUAAAUGGAUUUCUGUUGAGAAAGAAGUAGAAAAUAGCUUUGAAAUUUUCUUUUCAGAAAAAGAAAAUGAGGAGCUGAACAUUUCGCACGAGAUGUUGAUCGCCGCAUGUAUCGAAGGAGAUUCCAAGACUGCCGAAGAAGUUUUGAGCGGGAGACCAAGAAAGUGAGAGCCUUGAAAUAAUUUCCUUGCAUUUCUAUAUAAAAAUGUUCUUCCGAAUAAUUUGAACUUUCCAGACGUCCCGACAAAGAAAUCAUAUUGAAUGGCAGAACAUCUGAUGACGUCACAGCGCUUUUAAUGUUCGUUUUUUAUAAAAAUUUUGCGGUUCCUAGGCUUUUUUGGUUCGCUUUUGUCUGUUCGUAUUGUUCUUGUGAAUCCAAACAAGGAGAAAACUGUUCCCAAUGCAGAGCUUGCACACACGGGCGGCUGGAGAUCGUCGAAAAGCUCUUGGAGCACCAAGACCACGUGCUUGUGAACACCGGCACGAAAGAUACCGUACUCCACGCAGCGGUGUCAUCUCAAAACGUCGAUGUCCUGCGCGCGAUUUUAAAGGUGUGGCUGUUCACAAAAUAG